AUGCCAACUUGGGCCAGCGAGGAGUCGUACCUGCCCAGUCAGGACUCUGCAGAGGUGUUUGGAGAGGCGUCGGAGGCGGCGAAGCACAGUAGCACUGCGUCUAUAUACAGUGGCUUUGACGAUCCGAAUCUCGACGACAACGACUCUGUGGUCGACGAGGAAGAGGACUCGCCAUAUCCUGAAGUACGAUGUGCGGUCGCUAAUGCAGACGAUCCGGAUAUGCCCGUCAGCACCGUGCGCGCAUGGACCAUAGGCCUCCUGUGGUCUAUUGUUAUCCCCGGACUUAACCAGUUUUUCGUUUUGCGAUAUCCCUCGAUCGGCAUAACAGGUCUCGAGGCGCAAUUGCUGUCUUUUCUACUAGGACGGCUAUGGGCACGCUUUGUGCCAGCCGUCCGCAUCUAUGGUAUCUCAAUGAACCCUGGUCCAUUCACAAUCAAGGAACAUGUCCUGAUUACGGUCAUGGCUGUUGUUACCUGGAAUCCAGCGUAUGGUACCAUCGUCAUUACGGUGCAACGAGUUUUCUAUAACCAGACUGUGGACUUCAUAUAUCAGUGGAUGAUAGUUAUAUCGACCCAACUGAUUGGAUUUUCGAUGGGUGGCAUCUGCCAGCGAUUCUUGGUCCAGCCACCAUCAAUGAUCUGGCCCGGCAGUUUGGUUAACUGUGCUCUCUUCAACACUCUUCACUCGCAGCAAUACGCUGGCGCCGGCGACAGGCGAGGCAUUUCUCGCGAGCGCUUCUUUGCUGUCGCAUUCGCCGCCAGCCUGUUCUGGUAUUUCAUGCCUGGUUAUGUUUUCAAAGCACUCGGCUACUUUAGCUGGGUAUGCUGGAUCGUUCCCGGCAAUAUCAUUAUAAAUCAAUUAUUUGGUUAUGAGUCUGGCUUAGGGAUGUCGAUAAUCACAUUCGACUGGAGUCAAAUUGCUUACAUUGGCUCCCCUUUGGUCAGCCCGUGGUGGGCCACCGCCAACGUUGCUGUCGGCUUCAUUGUCUUCUUCUGGAUCCUCACACCCGUCCUCUACUACACCAACACCUGGUACUCCCAGUAUAUGCCGAUCUCAUCCCUGACAUCUUACGACAAUACUGCCGCGCCAUAUAACGUCACGAGGAUAAUAAACGCCGACAUGACAUUUAACGAGGAUAUGUACACGAACUACUCGCCGUUGUUUUUGCCUGCUGCUUUCGCAUUGAGCUAUGCGUUGUGUUUCGCAGCAAUCUCAUCCACGGUGACGCACACGAUCUUGUACUAUCGCAAGUAUAUCUGGCAGCAAGCGCACCGAACUUUAUCCGAAGAGUCCGACAUACAUGCUCGUCUGAUGAAUCACUAUUCUCGUGUACCAGAGUGGUGGUAUGCGCUGAUCCUAGUUCCGAUGCUCGUCAUGAGUGCUGUCGCAAUUGAGGUCUACGAUACCCGACUUCCUAUAUGGGCAUUCUUAUGUGCCGUAGGUCUAGCUUUCGUCUUUACUAUACCUAUAGGUAUUAUAUUGGCUAUUUCAAACCAACAAAUCGAACUCAAUGUUUUCGCAGAACUCAUCGCCGGAUAUGCUGUCCCCGGGAAGCCGCUGGCCACAAUGUUGUUCAAGACUUGGAGUUUUGUGACAAUGUCUCAAGCGCUCCAAUUCGCAUCCGACAUGAAGAUCGGCCACUACAUGAAAAUACCACCUCGGAUCAUGUUUUGGGCUCAGCUAAUCGCUGCUGUUGUUGCCGCAACAGUACAGCUUGGUGUUCAAGUCUGGAUGUUCGGCCAUAUACCAGAUAUAUGCACGUUGACCCAGAAGGAUGGUUUCACUUGUCCCAGUACACAAGUUUUCGGCACUGCAUCAAUUAUUUGGGGAGCCAUUGGUCCUAGCCGCCAGUUCUCCAAGGGUCAAAUAUACUAUGCUCUAGCAUUUUUCUUCCUGGUUGGCGCUAUCUGUCCACUAAUAUCCUACUCUAUUUCCCGCAAGUGGCCGAACUCGAGCUUGGCUUACACUAACUUCCCCGUUCUAUUCAAUGGCGCAAGUUAUAUCGCGCCUGCCUCCGCUCUCAACUACGUUCCGAACAUCCUAGUCGGCUUUAUCUUCAACUAUGUAAUUCGCCGCCACAGGUUUUCGUGGUGGGCGAAAUACAACUAUGUGCUGUCAGCCGCGUUGAAUUCCGGUGUGGCGAUAUCUGGUGUCUUGAUCUACUUCGGUCUGCAAUAUCCUGCAAAUGGCACGAUCGGGGCGAAUACCAUCCAGACGUGGUGGGGGAAUACGGUAUACCUGAACACUGCUGACGGUCAGGGGCUUCCCCUCAUCGCAUUAGCUCCGAACGAAACGUUUGGCAUUUCGUAUGGUAAACUUACACAUUGCUACGACUCCUAG